CGGCUUUGGCUCGGACUUAUAGAUCGAUGAAUCACAAAAUGGCCGCCUAGGUUUUGUUUUCAUUCCCAAGCGCAACUGGGCGGCGGUUAGUUUCGUCUUAGGAAGAGUUCAUUCUCGCCGAUUUCCUUUUACCGAUAGUUGUUUAACUGGAAAGACAAAGCAUCAGAGACGUAGCGACUGCAAUGGAUGUCGUUGACGUGUGGUACAACAAGCAAGACUACAUAGAAACGGCUUCUGGGAACAAAGUGAGCCGGAACUCCGUACUCUGCGGCAGCCACAACAUCGUUCUCAACGGAAAGACAAUCAUUCAGUCGGAAUCCAUCAUACGCGGGGACCUUGCAAACGUCAGGAUUGGCCGUCAUUGUGUCAUAAGCAGCCGGUCAGUCAUCAGGCCUCCCUUCAAGAAGUUCAGCAAAGGUGUGGCCUUCUUUCCACUUCACAUCGGGGACCACGUCUUCAUCGGUGAAGGCACUGUCGUCAAUGCGGGUCACGUCGGUUCUUUCGUCUACAUUGGGAAGAACUGUGUCAUUGGGCGGCGAAGCGUGCUCAAAGACUGUUGCAUGAUCGAGGACAACACGGUGCUGGCGCCCGAGACCGUUGUGCCAGCAUUUGCCGUGUUCUCAGGGUCUCCAGGUCUGUUUACCGGAGAACUCCCCGAGUGCACGCAAGACCUGAUGACAGACUUCACCAAGGCAUACUACCACCAUUUCAGGCCAUCGGAGAGCGCUGCCAGCUAGCACCAUAUAUAGCCUCGCAUUUUGUAUUAUUUAAGAAUAAAAAGAAU